ACUUAUUCAGCUCGCGCGUGUGAUAAGUGAGCCAGACGCACUUCACCCAAAACACUUGGAGUCGAUUUUUCUCAAAGAGAACCAACUGUGUUCAAUGUGCCGCAUAUCUUAUCAAUUGAACCCCCAAAAAAUUCACUCGAUGAUCUCGGUGGUGACUUUGCCCCAGUCAGUUAGUUGUAUGGUAACCAAAGCAUUGGAUGGCUGACCUAGCGGAUCAACGCAAACUAGAGCUAGUGUUGAACGAGGAAUAUACCACACGAAACCCCUUAAGAUUAAGAGUCUAGUAACCAACUCUCAAUAUUCCAAUCCAUUUGUUUGUACUUUGAUCGCCAAAAUUUUUUGGGGUCUACGAUAAGAAUAAUCAUCCAGCGACACCCAAUUCGAUAAUCGUAGUCAAAGCAUAACCAAAUCUCAUAAUGUCAGUGCAAAGUAAACUUAUUGACAUUGCCAACACAUGCAGUUGCCGUGACUAUAUACAUCCAUGGACUGCAAGCUGCGCCUGUGGAUCGGCUGGAAUGCUUCUAGCCGGACUUAAAGGUAGUUUUCGCACUUACUCCACUGUAUAUCUGCUUGCUCUCCUCUUGCGAAUGCGCAUACCCCGCAUAAAGGAUCUGAAGAAUACACUGACUGGCAUUCUACAGUCGACAGUGUUUCUCGCCAUGAACGGAUCAGUCUUUGGGCUGCUUGUCUGCUGGAUACGCCUGGCACUGGGACGUUACUACCUCUCCACGGUGGCCUUUUGGCCCACAUUCAUUUCCAGUAUGCUGGCACUUAACAUUGAGCGGCCAGAGCGGAGAACUGCUUUGGCUCUCUAUGUGGCUAAUGUGGGCUUGGAGACAUUGUGGAAAAUGCUGGAGGUACGCGGCCUAGUACGUUCCAUACCCAAUGGCCAGGUCCUGAUUAUGGGUGUUAGUGUUACAGCUCUUUUGUAUUUGUAUCGUGCUGGUUUGCACAAAACUGUAGCCAAAGACGCCACAUUCAAGGCCAUCCAAUUGCUUGUGGGCAAAGAGGAGGAGGGGCCACUAAAGACGCCUGCUGUAACUACUACACAGAGCUCCAGGUCCAGGCCAUUCAACUUUCAAUCCAUAUCAGCAUAUGUUCAACUUUAUGAUCGUCUAAGAACAUCGAAGCAUCCCAGCUGCCCACAUCGAGAGGGUUGUGCACCUUAUGCUCUAUUCGGAGGAGCAAAACUCUUCCUCGGAGGUGUGGGAGUGCAAGUCGGACUCAGAUUACUGCUUAGUAUAGGAAAAAUCAUUAAAAUGAAGAUGGAAUGGCGUAAACAAAUAUUCAAUAAGAAUUCACUGCAAUUGGGCUUAGCUCUAGGCACAUUUUCUUUGAUCUAUAAGGCUGUUUCUUGCUCUCUACGUCAUGGCUGCGGCUAUGAUAGCGCCACCUUUGCCAUUCCCGCUGGACUAUUGGGCUCAGUAGGUCUAUUGCGCUUCCCUAACACUACAAUCGCUUUGUAUGCUAUGUGGAAGGCAUUGCAACUUUUCUACACUUGGGGCAUUGAGGAGGGCGUGUUGCCCGAGGUCCCACAUUUUGUGUUCAUUAUGUAUAGUUUCUUUACCGCCAUACUCUUCCAUGGAAACAUUAUGGAAGCACAAACUGUGCGUCCCAGCUAUUACAAGUUUCUCAUGCACAUAUCUGGAAAUAGAAUAAGUCGCUUCGAUACCCAAGCCUUUGAAGGAUAUGGCCUAAACAGCUACCAUCAGGUCUGUGAGGUGGUUAAGAAACUGAACAUAGACAUGACAUCACCUUAUCCAUCGUUCGCUUUGGCUGUGUAGUUAAAUCGGAAUUAUCGGUCAAAUUGUUGUUGUAUGGAUGGGAAUAGCUUAAGUAUUAUGGGAGGUGACAGUUUUAUACGUUAAUUUUUAAAGCAAA